UUGUGCGGCGCAGUCCGGGGUGCGCAUUCAAGGGUAGCGCGCGUGCCUUGGUCUUCAGAGUGACCAGGACUCAUCGCCGCGGCUAGAUCCGCGUGGAAGCUAACUUGUCACGUUGUUUUAUUAGCACAAAUAAUAUUUUUUCCCCCCCUGAUAAAUAGGCUGUGACAAUUUCAUUCGGAUCAUUCGUUUCAUCGUCAUUUCACUGCGGAGACUGCGAUAAGGGAAAGACGAAGAGCGAGAGAGAGAAAGAGAGACUGAUUUUUAUGCUAUUCGACAAUGAGGAUAGAAAGAAAAAGAGAUCGAGAGAGACGGGAGAAUGAAAAGACACCCCCAACUUUGCGGCUCCGUGAUUGUUGAAUCCUAUGAGUUUAUGUGUGUUUAAUUUACAAGCCCGCCGAGGACUUUUGAUUCCACAUUCGUAAUGCUUUUUAGAAUGAACGAUUGUUGUCACAACAAAGUGAAUGACUUUUAUGCGUGCCGGGUGUAACACAAACAGCAAGUGUGAACUGUGAGUGUUUUAUUUUAUUCCUCUAUAAAUAAUCUACUGGACAAAAAGCACCAACUGCAGCAUCCCCAGCAGACUCCGUCGCAACAGGUGUCUUACCGGAAGGCGCGGAGUUCUCAGCGACCAUGAUUCCGACGAACCAGCCCCUGCAGUAACAACGAUCUUAUACUUGAUGCUCGCUUCGCGUCGAUUCGAGGCCAGUUCGGAUCCGGAAAGUGGUGACGCAACAGCAGUUGACCUGGGGAGAAUCCGGUGCAGCCGGCCGGCGUUGCGUGGGGCAUGGUACUAGGUGUGGGGGCAGGGCGAUGACGCUUUACCGCUUUCCGCCGUCGCCUCCACGCGUUUCCCGUAUCCCCCAGGAUUUCCCGAUCCUGGCCCCGCUCCCGCUCCCGAAUCUGAAUCCGCCGCCUUCACCCCGUUACCGCGACCCGGGAGACUCGCCGUUGGAUUCUCAACCACCGCCCUCGUUAUUUGCGGUAUUUUUCAAAUUCAAACAACGAAGUUCAACGAAUCAUGAGAAACCACUCGAGACAUCACGAACAUCAUCACGGUCAAGCGAUGCCGUUGGAGGAGGUUCAAGGACUCUUGCCUCCGACGUCGAGGACAGGUAACCGUGGACCGCUCAGCGUAACGAUUGUCCAGGUAGGCGGAAAUGGCGGGAACGUCGGCAGCUCCGGUCUAGGUAAUGCCGGUGGGUGCGGGGGAGGCGGUACGGGAGAUUUACUAGGUCUUGAACCUCCGUCUUCGGAUCUGAAACCCGCAGCAUCUCCGCUCUCGGACAUCAGCGCCCUUCACUCCGACAACAAUGACACCUAUACCGGCGGGUUGGAUCCUCGACUCCUUCUCGGUGGAAUUAGCGGAGGUGAUCGACUCGCCUGGGAAGGGAGAUACCAGAUCAAGGAACAUCGGCGUGCCGGAAAAGCUACCUUUCAGGGUCAGGUUUACAACUUCUUGGAACGUCCGACCGGCUGGAAAUGUUUCGUCUAUCAUUGCUCGGUGUAA